GUCUUUGAGCAUCUGAAAGCUUUUUGUCCAGGCUGACAGAGGGUGGAGAAAUAACUUAGGACAGGUGACACAUCUGAUCCUUUUUAACUGGCACAGCAGAACCAGCUCCAGUCCUUUGGCAUCUGGAUACAUGAUUAAGUUAAAGCUGUAGAAACCUGCAGCCCCUGUCUCUUAUCCACCUGUCUAUACUCUUCAGGUAUCAUGAAUGGAUGAAGCGUCCUGAGCUGCAGCAUCUGACAGCCUCAGAGACACUAACCCUGGAACAGGAGUACGACAUGCAGGGGAGCUGGAGGGAAGAUGAUGACCAGUACACAUUCGUCGUCUUGGAUAAGCAGCGAUGGGGAGAUCCCAGUAUAGAAGAGGAGCAGUGCAUGGUGGGAGAUAUCAACAUGUUCCUGACAGACCCAACAUACCUCUCCUCGGCUGAGCUGGAGAUCAUGAUAGCAGGUACACCCAGUGUGUGUGUGUGGGGGGGUAUACAGUGUCUGAGAGAACGUCUUUUACUUUCGUUAACUUAUUCUGAGUUUUGGGGGGUGUCUUGCCCAAGGACAAUUCGACACGUGGACUGGAGGCACCGAGAUUCGAACCUUCAACCUUCUGGUUGGGAGACGACUGCUCUACCCACCGCACCACUGUCGCCUCCCCAUCUUAAAAGUGGGGGUAGGGGGGAAAGCUAUUUCAUGCAUCAGAUUCCUCAGAGCGCCCACUGUUCCGGUGAGGAGCCCAGGUCCGAAUUUAACUGUUGAAGCUGUCCUCUUAAUGUGUUGGGAGACCAUCAGCUGUGUUGUGUCAAGAUAGUGUUAGUCUGCAUCAGAGUCAUCCUCCAUGCUACCGAUCCAUACUAUGGCAUAUAUUCAACACAAUGUGUGUUGGUUAAUAGUACCAGUGUCUGCAGUGUUAAUCUACAAUGUGGAAAAUAACAUGACACUAAAAAAACAAGUGUUGAACUGCAGUUCCUCCAAUGUCCUCUAGUGCUGUUGUAUUGAAGUGAAUGGGAAAACCUCUAAAGCCUGUGUAGUUCAAUUCUGGCAGAUAGUUUGACAUCUGCUGGUGGGAGUCUGAGGGCCGACACCGGCGGUGGCCGCACUGCCCUCUUAGCCUCUGGGGGUAGAAGGCGUCCUCGUGCUGCACUCCGCUGACAGGUUUAAUCCAGACAGCAGCUGAACGUGACAAGCUGAUGGGGGCAUGAAGGGUUGGUUAUUUUCAGCAGGUACAGAGGAGGUGUCUCCCUGCUGGAGUUUAUGAUGUAAUGUCCUCAGAGAGCUGCAGGUCAACAGCUCAGCUUUAACAAACAGCCUGAAGGUGAACCUGUAGAACAAACAUGACAGAGAUCAUCUUUAACAUGAUCAACAACAACUCAUCUGCUGCAGCUGUUUGGUUUUGUCUCUAUAACAAAGCCACCACAGUGUUUGGUAACCCUUUGUGUUACAGGUCCACAAUCACUUCUUGAAAGUUUCCUGGAAAGCAGCAUGUUGUUUGGUACUAAUGACAGGAACAACAGAGACAAAGCUUAGAUGAAUUGUUUUAGCUGGGGGGUGCUUGUUUUGUUUGAGUUUGUUAUUGAAUUACAGCUUAAUUUUCAUUAAAGAAAUUUCUUUGCUUAAACCACAGAGAAUCUUCACUCAUUUCCAUUAAAGGAUUUCAUGCUUCUGAACAGCUGGCGUCUUUAACUAUUUCUCAGAGCUGUGAGAGUUGGCAGCUCCACAGUUACAUUUAUACUUAAAUACCUAAUUGUCUUCUGUACUUGAUCGCCAACAGCAUAACUUAGCAGUUUAACUCAUCUGAAGACAAAAAACAAACUGUUUUCACUGGAAAAUCCCUUAAUCAUUUUUAAAGGAGUAGAUGAGUCCUUAAUAUGAUUUUCAGAAGGAUUUUUCAAGCAUUAAAAAAUGUACCACUGUUCAGAGCUGUAGGGCCCUUCAACAAAGGAGGAAUUGCACACCAAAGCGCCAAAAAGACAAGUGUCAAAUUCAUUUUACAGACCCCUUAAUUUUAAAGCAUCUUAGAAAAUGUCCUUAGAGGGCUCAGAACAGGAUUCAGAAUCACCAGAAUAACAAACCAUUCAUUAAAAUCAGCAGUGCGAUCUCCUAUGAUCACUUUGGAUCUGUAAGAUAUCCCCUUAGCUUUUAAUACAGAUCCUGCAUUAUUGAUAGUGUGUAGUAAAAUAAGCUUUAAGUGCUGGCCUGGUUUCAGACAAAACAGCGUUAGCUGCAGAGAGAAAUGACCUGUAUCUGCUGUUUACAUGAUGUUGGAAGAGCUUCAGGUGCAGCAGGCGACUACAGUAGCUUUGUUAUCAUUAUCAUCAUCGUUCCUUCAUCUUUUGUGCAAUUAGCACUGAGCUGUAUCUGAGAGGGUGGCCCCUGGGGACCCGCACCGACUCCCACCGGAUCUGAUCAGUAAACACUGAGUGGGUGAAUUGAGCUGGUUCACAGUCCAAAUGGGAACAAUGCUCAAAGUCAGAGGAGGAGGAAAAGGAACAUUACUGCAUUUCUAGAAAUCUGACUCGACUGAUCUCACAGCUGAUAAGCAGGGAUGUUUCACAUGGAUUUCAGUUGCAUCUGUAUCCAAGACAUUUAGCCUCCCUUAGCACGGAGGGAGAGGAAAGGGGAGAGGAGAGCAAAGAGGAGAG